UCGUCUCCAUUUUUACUUUCUCACCAGCCACGAUAACUAGAUUAUAGAGGAUUCACUUAUUUAAAGACUUGAGCAAAAGCUCUGCUGUUUAUUUUUGGAUCAUCCAAGAAUACAGCAGCAGUUGAGGCUCCAGGGGGGGAUCUAAUUCAAGUAAGUUACCUUUGCUUUGUGGGACACUGUUGUGUAGUAGAGCAGCCACUCAGUUAGAAGCUUAGUAGGUCAGCUCAGUGUUGUCUUUACUCUCUGUGCCGCCCGGCUGGGAUCACACUUUUAUCUGUUGUACCGGGGACUUGCUGCUGCACCGAGAGGCUCCCCUGCACAAUUUUAUCAUGUCUCUUAGGCUCCUGCCUGCUUUCACUUUGGACAAUGAUGAGGAUGAUGAUGGUAACUUCACAAAAUGGAUGAGCAGCUACUGGGGUCACGGAGCAGAAUCAAGGCACUCCAGAGAACGAAAACGCAGCUUCAGAAGACCUUCAAGAGUGCAAACUGAUCGGAGGGCAUCACUCCCGACUGUGUCACAAUUAGAUGUCAUGAAGCUGAACAGGCUCCAUGCAGCGUCAAUGGCAGCCGCCCCGAGCCACAACAAAACCAGAGAAGACAAAGGGGAGGUCAGGCCUCACCAGAGAGCCCGACGUGCCUCCUCGGACGACAACAGCCGCUCCAAGUCAGCCAUCCCGGAGAACCGCAUCACCACCAUCCCAGAGCUCACGGAGUCGUUCGGGGGGAGACUUUAUCUCUGCGAUAAGAAGACCACGUCUGUGAAUGAUGAAGACAAGCUGUGCUUGAUCUGUCACGAGGACAUGCGUAAGAGCGGAGGGGGAGUUCAAGAGCUGCGCUGUACACACCGUGUCCACAAAGAGGGGGCCCGGAGGUCAGAGCAGUGUCGGCCUCGCAGUGGCAGUGAAGCGGCGGCUUGUCAGGUGAGGACGCUCUCGGACGAGAGGAGGAAGUCAGCAGAUGGACCGAUCUCCACGGAGAAGGAGCAGCACACGCCCCAUCGCCAACUUUCCCUGCGGAGACAUCGCUGAUAUCAUUCUGUGGAUGGAGGAUUUGCACCCAUGGGCCCAAACAUCAGGAGUCUCUCCUGAACUUUUACAACUAUAUGAUGUUCACGUGUUUAAAUCUCAGGGCCUUGACUGUGCCUGAUCCUGUAAAAACUGUCCUGUAGGGCCCUAUUGGAGACUUUACAGCACUUGAAGAAUCUAUGAAACAUAAUUUGUAUUGUAAAAAACAACAACUCUGAAUUCAUAUUCAAGUAUUUGAUAAAGAAAUCACCAGUACUUGAAGCUUCCUGCUUGGACUACUGUAUUGAAACUAUUAAAUUAUACUACUCUAAC